AUAAAAACAACAAUUUUCUCAAAGAAAGACUCAUCGUGUGUAUAAUUGGACAUUUUUCAAAGGAGCAACGAUGACUAGCGAAAGCAAUAAGGAUAGAUUGAACGCUCUCGGUUUCGAACCCCAAAGAGAGAAUCCUUAUUGCAAAAUACUACCAUAUUCAGAUGUUAUUGACAAGGAAUCGAAUGAGAAUUUAAGCGAAAUUAAAGCAAAUAUUGGAAGAGCAGUUCAGCUGGGAGAUUCGAUAGGUCUUGGACACUGGAUGGUUCAACUAAAAACGUAUAUUCGUCUCUAUGGAUUCAAGUUCUCCAAAGAGGAUCACAUAAAAUUUAUAAAUUUAUUUUAUGAAGCAAUCCUUAUAGAUGAUCUGAAUCUUUCUAUGGUCCAGAGGAUUUCUCGAAUUCUUACGACUCUCUUAGCAAAGAAAACAUUGUUAACUAGAGAGGAUUUGGUGCUGGAAUGGAGGCCUCUAUUUAAAUUAAUGUAUAAAGUUUAUGAGUCAAAAAUGGAAGGACAUGGAUUAUUACUACAACCCGAUAACAUAAAAGCAACUUUGAAAAGUUUAAUCGUCAAUGCCAGAUUAUAUUUUCCAUCUAAUUGUACCCAAGAAUUACUGGACGAAUGUCGGCCGUAUCUUUGUAUGUUUGAUGUAAAAAUGACCACUGCUCUCUUUCUGUUGGAUUUAUUUCUUCCAGUAAAUCUUCCACCAAACUAUCAUGACCAGGGAUUUAAAAUUUGGUUUGAGGAGUUUAUGGAAUUUUACUUGACACUUAGGGCAGAAAUUCGAUAUGAAAAAAUUUUUACUCGAACGCUAGGAAGUUUCCAAUUGCCGUUAGCAGACAAAACUUACACAGGUAGCAGUCGAGUCGAUAGGGCAUCAGAUGUAAAUAUGACAUCCAGAACUUGUUUGAGAAAUCUGUUAUCUCCUAAAAAGGGCAAUGGUUCUUCAACUUUGGAACAUAUCAGAAAGAUCUUUGUUGCCUUACAAAGCUUCUAUCAUCCGUCAAAUAAUGGUAAAUGGAGCGAUAAACUACUUCUAUUUAUUAACAAAUUAGCGGUUAAUAUGGUCGAUCGAGUUCAUAGAGAACGAUACAAGAAAAGCGAUUGGACCAUGUAUACGAAAGAAAGUGCCAAACUUACUGAUGAAGAAAUUACAGAAUUUGUCAAUAUAUUAAAACCCAUUGUGCUGCAAGCUAUAUUUAGCAAAUUUGGUAUAAUAGAGACUACUGGUUGCCUUCAACAUUUGGCAAAGCUUCGACCUGAAAUUGUUAUACCUCCUCUAAUUGAUAUGACUUACGAAGCACUGACAAAUUUGAAUGAACCUCAUAGAUUAAUACCCUUGAUGAAAGCAGUAGGUCAGGUUUCAGGGUCGAUGCUCAGUUAUCCAAAACAUUAUCCAGAAGGACCAACUCAUGUACUACGCCUCUUAAAUAUGUGUAUACCUGGUAUCGAUCCAAAUGAUUUGAAAAAAACAAUUACAACUAUGCAAAUGGUCUCUACUCUGUGCUGUUUAGUACCAAUUGUUGAUUGUUCCAAAGCUUUGGAAACAAGAACAGAUUUGACAGAGACUGAGAAAGAAGUUUGUCGACUGACAAUGGAGUUCGAAGAUUUUGUCCUCCAAUUUAUGGAUCGAAUUUUUUUGUUGAUUGAAAAUUCUGUUCAAGAACAUGGCAGAACUGACGCUGCUUUAGGAAAUGAUGACAAAAUGAGUGCUGACGAAACUAUUAUUGAAAUGGGGCUAGCAUCUACUUUUAUUGUCAUUGUUCAACAAUGUUCUUUACCAAUUUAUAAGCUAGUUUUGGAUAAAUUGUUUAAUUUUGUAAGCAACAACUGUUUUGAAAUUAAUGUAGCUGGUCGAUAUGCUGCCGAUCUUUGUCGAGCAGUGUCCGAAAUUCAACCAGAACUGGUUUUGAAUAAAUUUUUCAAUCAUUGUGCCAGAAUAAUUAAACAACAUGUUCAAAACGAUAAUUUUGCUCAAGAAGAAGGAACCGAUAGUACGUUGUUGUGGAAUCUUAGAAUUUUAUCAGAGUGUUUGGCAGUUAGGGAAUUAUCUUCCAAUUUAUUGUUGGAGUUGCUCAAAGCUUUAACUCGUAUUUACACAAACGACUUCCGAUCAACUCCUGAAGACUGGAAUCAGCCAAUUGAAGACUAUCUACCGAUCAGAGAUUGGGGAAAGCCUGGUGAUCUCAAUAAUUUAAAGUUAGUUUGGCAUAUACCAUCCGAAGAGGAAAAGGAAACUGUUGUGGAAGUUUUGAAGCUUUUUCUUCUACCUCAAUUAGCUAAAAUUGACAAACAUGUAAGCCAGAAAAGUAUUCUUGAGAGAGAGGAACUACUGCAGACAGUCAAUAUAAUUAGUAAAUGCAUAAGUGGAGCUGGAACAUGCUUAGAUAUGUGGGAAGAUGAGAAGAUUACUGGAUAUGUCACUACUCGAGUUGAAAUGAAAUCUCUUCAAUGUUCAUGUACGACUUCUUCGCAGAGUAUUCUCCUUGAUGGUGAAAAUCCCCGAUUAUUAAUCUAUAAGUCUAUUCGUCCCCUUAUUGCUCAUUUAUUGAGCAGCCAAAAUAAUGAAGAUGAUACAAAGACUGUUUUGACUUGCCUUAAUGUUAUGAAUGAUCUCAUGUCACAUAUGGGUAAAAAAGAUGAUCAAUACUUAGCAUAUUGGAAAAGUUGGAAAACUGUAAAAAAUAUUCUACAAAAUAAACUGUUAGGAAAGAAAGCUCAUGCUAGAGCUGUUCUAGCUCAAAGAGCUCAACUCCAACAUGAGUUAAGAGUUUUGCAUCGUUCUGAGAGAGUUUUUACUACAAUGCACAAGGGGCUAUUAGAUGACAUUUUUAAAUUGUCAGUUAGUCGUUAUAGUAGCGUUCGAAUGAGAGCUCAACAACAUCUUUAUUCAAUAUUCAAGCACUUCAGUUAUGUUUACAGACUUGUUGUAGAUGAUAUUAUCGAUUGUUUGAAGGAUAAUAAUGAUAUAAGUCAUCAUCAAUUUAAGGGAGCGCUUUAUUGUAUUUUGGGUGAAAGAGAACAAUCGUUGAUUUAUAAGCAUAAUUUUAAGGCAAUUGGAAAAAUUUGGCCAGCUUUGAUUGAAGCACAACACUCGGAGAAACCUUCUAUAUUAAAAGUUAUAGAGAAGAUACUAAAUAAAUUGCACAAGCAUGUUUCGACAAUGCCAUUAGGAAUUUAUAUCUCAGAUCAAGCCAGAACAGCUGCAGAACAGUUUUGGGUCGAUAAGACUCAACCACAUCCAUCUUUGGAGAAUGUUUCUUUGGCAGAAAUAUCCAAGGGUAAAAUGGAAUCGCAGGAGCAAAACGAUGCCAAUAGAGUUUCUUACGAAAAAUUACUAAACGAUAUUGUGGAGCGUAUUCAAACAAAAAAAUUACACUGGAAAUUCUUACAAAUGGCACUUGAAAUGCUGUCAUUGCUUUUACGAAAUGACUAUCGUGCUCCUGCUUCUGUUGUACAAACCUUCAUUGACAACUCUCUACACGAUGUUAUCUAUAUUAGAAGAAUAUCAAUUGAUGCUUUACAAUCAAUACUACAACAGCAAAAACGUAAACAUUUAACCAUGGAUAUUGACCCCUACCAAGUUGCUAAUUGCAAACCUCCAAAAUCAAUAAAUUAUAUUAUACCGGGUGAGAGACCAGAUAAUAAAUGGCUGCUAUAUGAUGAUAGCGAUGUUUUGGUUGAUGAAGAGACAUAUAAUAAUACUAUAUUUGUGGAAAAAACUCAUUGGGGUUAUUACACAUGGCCGAAACCCUUUAAAGUUUAUCAACCACCAAAAGAACAGCCUUCCACAAAUAGAGCAAUAGAUGAGUUAAAAGAGGAAGAAAAAAUUAUUUACCAGGCUUUCUGUAACAAAGAAUACGUUGAUAAAUUAUGCAGUUUAUUAACUUUGGAGGAUUCAAAGAAUAAGGAAAAGUUUAGAUCCAAGUACUAUUUCUUAUUUAAGGGUUUAUUCCGUAAUUUUGGAUGGUCUCUCUAUGAGUUAUUUAGUGAUAAAAUUGAAGCAUACGUUGCUGAUAGCAAUCCUAAAACUCGCUAUUAUUCUCACCGAUGUGCCGCAGAAAUAAUCUGCGCUCUUAUGAGAGGUUCAAAACAUUGGCCAUAUGAACAAGUUAAACAAAUGUGGGCACGUGUUAUACCUUUGCUUAGGUCAGCUUUAUUAAAUACUUCUAUAGAGGAAUCAAAAUGUAUUUGGGGUUAUUGCAUUGCCACCGCUUCGGAGAGCAGAGAUCCAAGAAAAUUAAAACCGCUUUUUGAUUUUCUUAUUGAUAAUCCAAUUAGUGGAGAAAGUGGAUCUUCAGUUGAUGUUACCAGAUUGUAUUGUCUUCAAGGAGCUCUUCAGCAACAGGAAUGGAGGAUUCCUUUCCUGCUUAAUAAACUUCUUGAUCAUUUUAAGAAGCAGUUGGCCUAUAACUAUAAGAACGUUAGAGAUAGAAUGGCAAGUUGCCUUCAGAGUAUUUUUUUUAAUGAUAUUCGAUUCAAGAACUCACCCGAAAAUAAUCAACCUAAAGUUGAAGAGUUUGUCAACUUUAUUCUGCCUCAUAUGAAACGUUUGGUUAAAGAAACCGAAGAAAAAGAUGAUAGUGAAGAAUCAGAAUCAACGAGUAACUUAAAGCCAAUUCAGAACGAACCCAAACCUAUGAAUAUAGAUAGGGAAGCAAUACCAAUGGAAAAAAUUAAAUCUUCAGCAAAUGGUAUAGUUGAAAAGAAGGAUGAAGUUAUUCUAUUAAGUAAAACAGUACUACAUUGGAUUGAUGUUACAAUAGUAACAAAUUUAAAAUUAGAUAUUGAAAAAUAUUAUCCAUUGAUUCCCUUUAUAAAUGCAUUACAAAACUAUACCGACGAUGAUGAAUUGCAAGAAAAAUGUCGACUAUGCAUUUCUUUUAUGUCUAUUGUUGAAAUGUACGAAAGUACUAUUGAACCUUUUAAAAGCAUUAUAAAUCAAAUUUGUUCAACAAAAUCAUGGAAAGGACGCCGGCAUUUAUUACAUUUUUGUGAAACGGCUGUAUUCAAUAAUCUAUUCUUCCUCUUUCCAAAAGACGAUGUUAGAGAUAUAGUUCGAUCAACGGUUAUUCAAUGCUUGUCAGAUAUACAAUUGGAAGUUCGAGAGAAAUCGGCAAAAGUGUUGUGCGGAUUUUUCCAUUGCGGAUACAUUGAUAUAACAGAAGACUUAAUUGAACAAUUUAUAAAACUGGCUAAAACGAGUAUAAAAAGGAAAAAAACAGCUCAAGGAACAGCCAGGCUAGAGCCAGUUGCUCAAGAAAAAAUAAGAAAGAGACAUGCAGGUAUAUUAGCUUUAAGUGCUUGUAUUUUGGCUUCUCCUUACGAUGUACCAACGUUUGUGCCUGAUAUUCUCAUGGAAGUAUCAAAACAUGCAGAUGAUCCUCAGCCUAUUCAGGGAACAGUUAAGCAAACAUUAACUAGUUUUAAAAGAACCCAUCAUGACAAUUGGCAGGAUCAUAAACAACGUUUCUCCGAUGAUCAAAUUAACAGUUUAACAGAAUUACUUGUAUCUCCAAACUAUUACGCAUAA